AUGGAUGUUGAAACUCUCCGUACCAUCUUGGAAGCCCAAACCAAGGCACAGCAACAAAUGUUCACUAAGCUGAUGAAACGUAUGGAAAAGAUAACCUCCGCUUCACAUCCAACAGCUUCAUCCAUCGUUCCAACAGCUCCCGUCGCCACGGCCGAGUUCGUCACAAAUUCCCUAUCGGCACGCUUGCCUGAGUUCGUGUACGAUUUGGACAGUGCAAAGGCUCGACUAAUCGUCUCCAAACUCGACGCCAUCACAUAUGCCCGUUUCACGAACCAUAUUCUUCCUAAAAGAGCAUACGAUGAUCCCUUAACGAAAACCGUGGCUGCUCUGAAGGGAUUUUUCGGACAUAAUACGUCAGUACUCACGAGACGCUACGCUUACCUCAAAACACAGCGAAAUGAGGAAAGUCUCAGCGACUACACCGGAUUAGCCAAUCAGCGCCAUGCCAUGACUGAGUUCAACGAGGUCACACCUGAGCAGAUGAAGUGCCUCGUAUGGAUAUGUGGACUUGUCGCCCGCAAGAUGCCGAUGAGCUUGCUGCCGAAGUUAGCACUUUCUCGGCAUUCGUCAGGAUGUCGCAGUCCUCGAACGAUCAAGUGUACCGCACGUCAACGUCGUGGAUUCGCAAAAGAGACGAAAUCGCCAUCACUUUGUUUUCGACGCUCUGGACACAAGCGAGGACUCUGCAAAAAUUUCUCGGAGAAGAAGAAGCGGAAUCCGAAACAGAAGCGGAAAUCUGCCAAUACCGUCACUAUUGCUUCGACUCAUGCUGGCGUCGCUGUAAACCGCAUCCAACGUAGAGUACAAAUUGAUGAGAAGACAGUACGCAUGCGUCUUGAUACUGGAGCAGACGUAACAUUGCUGAGCACAGCAGACUGA